CUUCCACAUUUCUCUUUUCUUCAAUCACAGCUUUGUGACUCAACGUCAACUCCAACCCUUCCAGCCAAAGAAACCUCAGGAUGUGCAGGGUCACCAGCACACUGCUUGUGUGCUUGGUGACUUGCCAGUAUAAACCCUGAUGGAAUCGGCGUUCCUUAUCCAUUGCUAAAAGGUGCAAACUGCAUUUGAUAUGCUUCAUCUCGGCCAACCUGUCUUCAAAUCAUCUUCAGGAUGCUGUCCAGUCUUUUAGAAUUUAGGGUCUCUACAGUGCAGGUAUUCCUACCUGAUCUGAGAGGUACCUCCAGUGGCUGGUCCAUCUUGGCCUUGGUGGGCAAACAACCACUAAAGUGGGCUUUGGGCCAAAAUGAGUCGCUUGGGUGAUUGUUUGUCGUUGUUUGUCGUUGUUGUCGCGGUGGUGUAGGGGUGCAUAGUGUGGCUGAACGGCAUGUUUCGCUAGCUGUAUUGUCUGGGUGUUUCUCAGGGCACACACACUUCUCCCACAAUACUUCUAGGACGCUUUACUCCCCUGCUAGAAUUCCGCUAUCCUCGGAGGCUUGGUAUACGCACGACAAACCACUCAAUCAAGUAUUCCUUCACCAGAUUCAUUUGACAACGAGGCGACAGCCAGCCAGCAGCCCAGACAAGCCUUCUCACUAGCAAAGAUGGCACCAACCAAGAAGGGACACAAAAAUACGAGUGGCGUAUUGCGCGAAACUCCUAACGGCGUAUUCUACCUUGAUGGCAAAUAUAUAUGCCAACGACGCGAGAAUGGCAGACCUUGUAAUCGUGAGAUGGCUGGGACAAAUCAUAGCAUCACUUCACACAACAGCAAAUUCCAUGCCGAAGGACCGUACAAGCGCCAGAUGGCUGAAGGUCAAUACGCCUGUUUUGAAGAUGGAUGCGGCGCUGAAUGCAGUACAUUCGGAGCAAUUCUAGCGCACGUAAGAAGAUAUCAUGGAUUCAGGGGAUCUUCGGAUCCUCUCAAGAUUCGUUAUGGCGUUGCUCUAUCUGAUAAAGGAAAGGGAAAGGGCAAGGUCACCAAAAAGGAUGGCCGCAAGAGAGGUACCUCAGACACCGAGGAGGAUAGUCACGGGGAACAUCACGAAGAAAUCCACAAAGAAAGCGGUCAGCCAGCUGGGAACGACCACAACGCCGAGGACAGACACAACAACUACGAGGGAUACGGUCUGAUUGACCCUGCCCUUCUCAAUUGGGACAAUACCAAAGAUGGCUUUGACGAUGAUGGCCGUAGUCUUCUUGACCAGGUCCUAUCUGUCAACAUCUUUCCUGUCACCCACUCGACGGAGGAAUCAGGGCGAGGAGGGGAAGGGCCCUCGACACUAUGAGGGUAAAUGAAUAAAUGAUGGCGUAGUUAAACCGUGGACUAGGAAGAAAACCGCUAGGUGUUUUCGGAAUUCGGUAUGGGGAUACUCUAGACGAACCGAAAAAUCUAGCACAAUAUAAUAUCUAGUCUCACUCACGUCUGUUCCUUUCAUACCUAGAUAUCAAUCGAGCUAUGUGAAUACCAAUUCGGCAGCCUAGCUGACAAGAGGGAAUUUAUGCAACAGCAAAUUUGUAUGAACCUGGCAGCGUGUAUAUGA